CACACUGACACUCCUCCUGUGAGCAUUAGUGAGGCAGCUUGUGUCCCUUAUGUCUCUAUGGAGGGAACAGAACACACUUCCCAGAGCAGCACAGCAGAGACGGACAGUGCUCCCAGGAUGACGCCCCAGGUGUCGACCUCCAGUGGACUCAGCGGCACUGCUAGGAUGAGAGCAAGAAGGGGAGACACAGCUGUAGCCAAUCUGGAGUAAAACAUCCAGAAGCACAAACGCCGGGACUGCAACUUUCACAGCUGUGUCCAAGCAGAGGGUUUGCUUUCAGUUGAUGAAACAUGAUCAGAAGAUGCAAUCAUGCCACAGAAAAAGGAGUCUCAGAGAAUAAGGCUUCUUUCCCACUCGCCAUUUGUGGUCUGAAAUUGAGAUGCUCUUUAAAGAAUAUCUUCAAAUGUCCCAACAGUGCUGUUAAUUCAGCAGUCUGUCGUUUAUCUUAUUUCUCCAGCUCUUACUGAGAGGAAACAUUAAAGGCUCCACUGAUAGUGCUCCUGGGGACUGGGGAAUAUUUCUUAUGAAGUCUUUAAAACUUUACUACUGUUGACUGGGAGGAAGGAAAAAUGUCACGGAAAAUUUGGUGAGCGUUUUUUUUUUUUUGUCGCAUAAGAUAGGGUGAGAGUUACAGUUAGUAAAAAUGUUCACGGGGUGCCAAGUGACCAGUGCCCACAGCCAGUAUCUAAGCAGGGACAAUACCGGGAUAUACCCAGGACUGGAUGUGAAUAGACAGAUGCAAAUACAGAAUAGUGGAAGCAUGGCGAUGUGCUCUGUGUACCAGGGUCAGACCUAUAACCCUCCAGUCCAAACACCAGUGGUCAACAGUGUCCCAAUCCCACCAAAACCAAUGCCACCUAUAGCCCCACCUCCAGCAGUCAAACUAGGACAAGAAGGCUUCAAAAAAGUCUGUAGAAGUGAAGAGGACAGCCCCAGCCCAUUUCCAGGACUGCCCUCCGGAGUGUUGGAGAUGCGCGUGAAGGAGGGUAGCAAAAUCCGUAACCUAAUGGGUUUCGCCAUGGCUCGGAUGCAAGGCGACAAGGGAGCGAGUGGAACCGAAGGCAGCGCCAGAGGUCUAAGGCAGGUGGUCUUCAGCGGGUCGGGCCGAGCUGUUACCAAAACGAUCACUUGCGCUGAGAUCAUGAAGCGGAAAGUGGGCUCCCUCCACCAGCUCACCAAACUGCGGUACAAAACAGUCAAAGAGGUGUGGGAGAACAGCGAAGGGGGGGCGUCCGAGAUGACAGUGCACAGGUCAGUCCCUUCCAUCAGUAUUUUGCUAUCCAAAGACCCGCUUGACCCCACAGAACCCGGCUACCAACCUCCGGAGGCUCUGAGUGCGCUUUGGGAGGAGAGAGAGGGGUUCAAUUCAUCACAGUCAGCAGCAUGUAAAAGACCUCCAGGACCUUUGCCAUACAGCGCGGCUUUUCCCCCCGGUAAAAGAGUGUGUCUGGGGGAAGGGGCCCGGGCGGCGCUCCCCCCUCUGUGACUCCAGGCUGGACUUGUGUCAAACAGUGUAGAGGAUUGAAUCAGAAGGAGUUCAUUUGGAGCUGCCCUCCGCUCAAGCACAAUGCUGAGACAAUCAGAACACUCACUCAGAUAGAACCGUGCACUCCAAGAAGAACUACUGGAGGGCAUAGUACCAUUUUGAAGCUCGACUCAACAGCAUUUAAUGGGAUGUUUUUUUUCUUGGGACGUCCUGCAUCACAUAUCAAAACUGACAUUUUCAUCCAAUGCAUUUUUCACAUUGAUAUGAGUAAAAGCCAUGAAAGUCACAGGGAACAGAUUUCUGCUUGCAUCCUGUGAGAGACUUUUGGCCCUUCCAUCGUUACUAUGUAGCUUCUGAAAGAAUAAAAAACAAAACUAUUUCAAGCCAUUGAUAAAAAUAAAUGCAAAUAAUUCCAUGUCUGAUUACAAAAGCAAAUUAAAUAUUGUCUCCAUCCGCCAUUUUAUUUUGUAUUUAAUCUUCCCAACUUUCACACCCCAUUUGCAAAGCUUUGAUUGAACUGACUAAAGGAAAUCAGUGCGUUGAUGGUCUGAUAAUGGAAGUCAAAUUUGUGGGUAGAAAAGCAGAUUUAAUGACAAAGCUGUUGAUAAGGCGCAGCUCCCUGUAACCACCACGGUCUGACAGGAACGCCCAGGGCAAAAAUACAGGCUAAGAUUAUCAUUAAGAUAGCAACAUAGCACAACACAGUGUGGAAAUGGAUUAAAACUAGGUCUGAUAGACUCUCACAUACUAUCCUGCAAAAUAUAAGGCAAGUCAACCAUGAGAUCCAUUCUUUGAACCACCUGCCUUUAAAAAAAACGCACUACCUUUUAGUCUAACAAUACGGUCGACAGGGUAAGUCAAAUAUUCCUCCAUAUUGUUUUGAUCUAGUUCCAUCUAUUAAUAACGCAAAACAACAGAUAACAAACAUAGGAAAUAAAAAAAUAAAAGCAACAUGAGUCACUUCUUGUCAGUAACUUAAGAACAAUUCAAUUUUGUCAAAUGAACCAAAGUUUUAGAGUGAAAAGGUUUCGCCACUCAUCCCAUCGGCUUCUUCGGUUCGAGCGGCGAAACGUCUUCGGUCUAAAACCUUUUUCUUUUGCUAUGGAUCAUACCUGGACGAGUUAGGGAUUACACAGACUUCUUGUCAAUAAGUAAACAUGACAUUUCAUUAGAAUAGUUUUACAGAACGUUCAUUCAUUCUGUAAAUUUGACUGAUUUCUAUUCUGAGAAAUACCAUAAAGAAAAAAGUAAUGUUCUUUUUUAAUUUCCAUGUGAAUUAUAAGGUUCUAUCUGAGGUUCUUUGCUGAGUUAUUCAUAUAUUCUCUUUCCUGAAUACUUUUUACUUUAGGUAUAUAUGAGCAAAAACCUAUUUCCUGAUUCCAAUGUUCUCUAAAACUGCUCAGAACUUUAAACCUCAAUAUCUCAGAACUACCCAGAACGUAACUAGAACCUUAUAAUUCAAAGGCGGUGAUUUAAACUAGACAUUACUGGACAAAUAACAACGGCAAUAUAGAAUGUAUCUGUAUAUUCUGUGUAAUUCCACGUCUUAAUUCAGACCGUAGCAUCGUGAAAUCCUGUAGGACUGUUACCAUCUCAUCUGCUCUGACUUCAGGGUAUAAUAAAUUACACUCGCUAACUCUUGUCUGCAGCCUUACCAUUGAUCUUAAUGAAAAUCUCCAAAAGCAGAUGUUGCCCUCCUUUGCUAUAUUAAUCAAAGUGACAAUACGCUUCAAGGAAAUGCUAAAGCUUCUUCUUCCUGACUACCACAGAACAGUUUUAUAUAAUGGUCAGGUGCCACGCAGAGUGAUUAGCCUCCCUCUCGAUCCCAUUAAGCGCAUCACGGUAUAGCAGAGCAUCCAAGGUUGAAUAAGGAACGCUGCAACGGCAACAGCAUGCAGCUAACUGUGUGUCCUUAAGUCUGGAAGGUUAUCACUAUGGGUCAUUGUUAUCACACAGUUAACAGCUUUUUACACAAGAGCCCAUGAGGAGAGUUAGUCCUAGAUGUCGGUCAAAGAGAUAGUGAUGCUAUAGGUAAAUUUCCUAUCGACCCUCAUCUCUUAUCAAGCAGAAAGUUUCCCGGGCCCAAUGCGGAAAUACAGGAGAAGGUAAUUGGGGAUAGCAGCGCUGCAUACCUGAGUGAGAGAACAGAUAAAAUGUAGUGACAAAAGUAUUAUCCCAGAGCCAAAUUCAAUGUGACUGGCAUGAAAUGGUUGAGUGUACGAGUCGACAAAGUGCAUUAGAAGGUGAGGAGGGUUAUUUACCAGAGCCUCUCUACAGCCGAUAAUGUUUGUUUUCAAGUCAAGGUUGAUUAG